AUGCCUUCUGCUACUACUAAACUGACCGGUACUCCGCUGGCCAUUGACCACGACAUCAAGCAGGACGUGGUACACGAUGACGACCCCGAGGCGAACGAGCACGAGGUCGACCUCAAGGGCGGCCAAGAAGAGCUCAGGACGUUUGAUCCUGCUUUCGUCAAGCGGACUCAGCGCAAGCUCGACCUGCUGCUCAUCCCCCUCUUAACCAUGGUCUACCUCUGCUCAUCCCUCGACAAGUCCAACCUCGGCAAUGCAAAGACCUUGGGUAUGGUCGCCGACUUUGGCGGUGACGCAAGUGGCGACAAGUACGCCUUGCUCAACGCGUUCUACUAUAUGAGUUACGCCCCUUUCAUUGUCCCUCUUGCCAUCCUGGCGAAGCGGACUCGAAUGGGCAAGACCCUCGCGUGCUGCGCCGUCUUCUGGGGUAUCGCCGCCACUGCCUUCGCCGGCGUUAACAACUUUGCCGGUGCCAAUGCCUGUCGGUUCCUCAUCGGUCUUGGAGAGGCCGGAUACGCCCCCCUUGUCCAGCUCUACCUAUCCCGUUUCUACUCCCGUCAAGCUCUCGGCUCCCGAGUCGCCUUCUGGCUAGCUAUGGCCCCCAUGGGAGGCUUCAUCAACGGAAUCAUCGCCUACGGUGUCGCCUUCGUCACCGGGCCCCUCUCACCCUGGAGGGUCCUCUUCCUCCUCGAGGGUGGGCUCACACUCAUCGUCGCCAUCGUCGCGGUCGUGAUCCUUCCCAACGACAUCCCAUCCUUCCGCUACCUUACUGCCGAGGAGAAGGACUACAUCAUGUAUAUGCGCGCCAUGGACUAUGGGACUGAAGUACCCAAGAUCAACUGGUCUCACGCUCGCGGCGCUUUCUACCGAUGGCAGCAGAUCACGCCCGCCUUCAUCAAUAUGGCUCAUCAGACCAUGGGCGCAGCACUGGGAGCUUACCUCCCGACCCUCAUGGCCGAGAACGGCUUCAAGGGUGCCAAUGCCCAGAUCGCCACUCUGGGUCCGUACGGUGCUGCUGCUGUCUCCAUGGUUAUCGGUGCCAGGAUCUCCGACCAUUACAAGAACAGAGGCUGGGUCGUCCAAUUUGGCGGUGUCCUCUCGACCAUCGGUUUCCUCAUCUACCUCGUCGUUCCCUCCACUAAUCACCCUGCUCGUUUCGCCGCCCUCAUUCUCGCUGAAGUAGGGCACUACAUCGCGGUCCCCUUGCUCACUACCUGGGUCGCCAACAAUGCCGGAAACGAAUCCCGCCGUGCCAUCGCCGUCCCGUGGGGUGUCUCUCUCGCUGUCGGACCAGCUGUCGGCUCAGGCUAUCUCUUCCCGGCCAAAGACGGACCCGUCUACGUCCUGGGCUCCGCCAUCUGCGUCGGCCUCUCGGUCUUCUCAUCCGUCGUAGCGGGCAUCUACCAGUUCCUCAUCUGGCGCGAGAACAAGCGGAGGGACGCGGAAGAGGGCGGGCCGCCCGCGCUUGGGUUCAGGCCGGACGUGCAGACUUAUGCGGAUGAGGCGCCGGGGUAUAGGUACAUCGGAUAG